AUGAAAACCUCGGUUAUCGCUACCUCAGUUCUUGCUACAGUUGCCAUCGCUGCACCCACUGAGCCCUGUAUUACUUCCGCUGCUCCGCAGAAUAUCGAUGAUCCUCUAUUGAGUUCUGUCCAAGCAGUGCGUCCUCCUCUCUCUACUUUGAUUAGUCUUGUGAAUUCCUUACAGUCGUCCGAUGGAUUGCAAGGUGCAUUGGCCAUUCAGCAGAGCUACUACCCGCUGUACACCUCAGUUCUGAGUUUGAGUUCAGCUGCCAACAACCAUGCUAUCGUUUCCCCUAACAAUGUGGUGACGUAUCUGAGCGCUCUCAAUAGUCUUGUUGGAGAUAUCAGCACUUUGAUGAGCGAGUUGGACCAGAAAGCCAACAUCUUCCAGGGAGUUGGUGCAGGAUCUAUCGUGGUUGCGGACAUUACGUCGCUAGCGGGCCCUGCUGCGGCAAUUGAAUCCAACCUAUUCACUCUUAUUCCCAGCAACGCACCGUGCGAUGAGGUAACAGUUGCACAGUCUGUAGCCAGCGAGUUCUCGUCGGCGUUUGCAGGAGCUGCUAAGGUUUACACGAUCACUAAGGGAAUUCCUAGCUUCCCUGCUGCACCUACUAACUGUGCAGCUUACUGUUGA